CAUUAACACACAAAACAACGAUAUUAACAAAAAAAACAUUAAUAAAAACUCCAAUUAUGACUUGCGUAGGUAGUGCACCUUAUUUCCGUGUCCUACCUGACACACCUGGCCUCAUAUGUUCCCCCCUGGCUACAGUAAAUAUUGUAAGGUAAGUGAAGUGCUAUAAUUUUUAGUACUUCCUAUGUCAGGUAUUUCACAACCCAGUUGCUUCAGUUGUUGCUCUCAAGUUUCACGCAUUCGACGAGCAUUUCAACCAUUUCUCACGGUCUCACGCAACACCUUGUUUCUCAUGCGGAGAAUUAAGGGAUAACUUAUCCCGAUGUAGGCUACACUUGGACGAGGCGCAGCAAACGGAGGUACUUUUUCUGCCGAGUUGAGAACUGUCUUGAGUUAUACAGUUUCUAGCAUCCAAUCAGAAACUCUUGAAAGCCCUGUGCUUCCUGAAAUGUAGGACAAAGUGUGAAAAUGUUGAAGCUGUCCUAAAUAGUAAACUACGACUUCUCAUUAAUCGAUAAAAGCCUCACCCCUCGACUGACUGUUUUGGCAUUUGUCAUGUGACAACCGCAAAAACGAAAGUGAAAGAAAUUGCUAUUUCAAAUCUCCCAGCUUGGUACGUGGUUCUUGAACGGGUUUUUCGUGUUUUGCAAGAACGACGGACUUUGACUAGGAAUGAUGCUGACCCUGCCUGGCUGUGUGUUCUGGAUUAUUCUCCUACUGCUCCACACAGCAGACUGCGCUGUAGGAUCUCAGCCAGUGGUCUCCAUUGAGGGACACAUAGGGGCAGGGAUGGUUCUGCUGUGUGAGACACAAGGCUGGUACCCUGAACCAGAGGUGGUGUGGCUGGACAGUGAAGGAGACCCUCUCUCUGCUGAUCCUCUGCUGGAGACGAACACAGACUCUGUGGGACUCUACACACUCAGACUGAGUGUCACUGUUCAGGAGACAGAUAGAAACCUCUUCAACUGUAGAGUUAAACAGAAAUACUUGAAGGGAGAUGAGACGGCAAGGAUUCAUGUUCCUGAUGAGCUGUUCUAUCAAAAUUACUCUUGGAAAGUGCCCGUGGCUGUGGUGUUGGGUGUCUGUGUCGUGGGAUUAGCUAUGGCCAUCUGUGUCCUGGUGAAGAGACAAAGACAUAAAAUGAAGCGUUUGAAGACAGACACAGAAACAUUAAUUUCUGAGAAGGAUAAACUCAUUCAUGAGAAGGCAUCGAUCAUUCAUGAGAAGGAUCAGCUCAAUCGUGAGAAAUAUACAACUACUGAUCAGAAGGAAACCCUUUCAGAACAGCUGGAUCUGGUAAACACAAGGGGGUGCCAAGAUUAUGAAGUCGUCAGACGUCAUGCAGUGGAUGUGACUCUAGACCCUGAUACUGCACAUCCCAGACUCAUCCUGUCUAAUGGUGGGAAACAAGUGAGUAAUGGAAGUAAACAGGCUCUUCCUAACAAACCAGAGAGGUAUAGUAGAAGUCAUAAUGUCCUUGGAAAGCAGCGCUUUUCCUCAGGCAGGUUCUACUAUGAGGUGCGGGUCAAAAACAAGACUGAGUGGCAUUUAGGAGUAGCUAAAGAGACCUGCCAGAGGAACGGGGAAAAUAUUGGUUUUAGACCGAAUUGUGGAUACUGGACUAUCAGACUGAAGGAAGAUAAAUACCUGGCUCUGACUAAAGUCGAAGUCCACCUCCACCUGAGCCAGGAGCCCCAGAAGGUGGGGGUGUUUGUGGACUAUGAGGAGGGCAUGGUGUCCUUCUACAAUGUGGAGGCCAAGUGUCGUAUCUUCUCUUUCACUGGCUGUGCGUUCACUGAGACACUUUAUCCAUUCUUCAGCCCUGCUCUUCCAGGUAACUCUGGUGAGAACUCCGCUGCUCUGAUUAUCUGUCCUGUGUAGACGAUGUUCAACCUGAGUCCCCUCACCGGUCUGAAUCUCAAGCAGUUGAAUCUGAUUCAGCUCAACUGUCUGAGGGCCUCAUUUACUAACAGGAUUGCGCCCAUUUCAGGUGUGAAAUAGCGGGUAAAGACUAGGGAUGAGUAUUGAUAAGAUUUUAACAAUUCCGAUUCCUUAUCAAUUCCUGCUUAUUGAUUAGAUUCCUUAUCGAUUCUCUUGUUGAUUCUCCCCUCUACAGCCAACUAGGUCUGUGCGUCCUGCACCCCCGCCCCCACACACACACUUGCUUGUUCUAAACACAUUUCUUAAACUGGCUUUGAAAUGAGCUUACACCUACCACCUCUAGGCCUCUUUAGGCCUCUGUUUUCAAAACAAAAUCUAGUCGAAGAUAGAAACUUUCAGUUUCCUUGUGUUCAAGCUUCUAUAACUCAACACCAGUAGGACUGACAGGGGUCCCAACAACCGGGGACAUAACUUCAGUGUCACCUUUCAAAAGAGACCAUUUACAUGCAUGUACUCCAAAUGGUUCAACAACAGCUUUCAAUGUACUUUGGGUAUGUUGUUUAGGCGUUUUCAGGCACAUUUAACAGGACUAUUAAAAGGUUAAAAAAUUAAAAUGCUAACUUUAAUUAUGGAUUAAAAAAUCGAUAUGCUCAGUUAAAUAAUGGGACAAGCGAACGUUUGCUGAUAACACACGCCCCCCGAUAAUGUGAAGUGAUCAAUAAUGGGAGCCUAAUGCCGGGAGCUAAAAUGUAUGCUUCAAACGACGGGACAGAAAAUAACUUGAUCGACUACACACAA